AAAUUUCAAUCCCAAAAUUUCUAGGUUUCUCCUUCAAUACUUCCACCACCGAUGUCCACCACCGUGGAGAAACCCUCUGGCGACUUCCCGAUGACCCCAAACCUCCGCAAAUCCUUCAACCUCCUCAAGUCCCACGCCUCCAAAGUCGCCAACUUUACCCUCCAAUGGCAAGACCUCGAAGAACACCUCCGCUCCAUCGACGACUCCCUCCAAUCCAGAAUCAACCACCUCCAGCAAUCCAACCCGACCCAACCGAAACCCGAACCCGAACCCGAACCCGAUUCCCAACAACCCCAGCUCAAUCCCGCUAUCGAAUCCGCCAAAACCCAACUCGAUAGCCUCCAAUCCCAAUUCAAACCCGAAGCCUUCUCGCCGGAGAGCUUGAAUUUCAACGGCACCGUCGUCAACGACGGCGAGGGUUUGCUGGCUUUCAUGAACGAGCAUUUGAAAGAGAAGAAGGCGUCACGUGAUCUAAUAGCAAAUGCGAUUAGGGUUUCGGCGGCGGCGGCCGGGAAGAUAGUGCUGGAGGCAAUGCGGUGGUUUUAUCCGUCGGAGGAGUCGGAUAGGAACAGAGGAGAGAUGAAGAACUGUGAGCUGAGUGUUGUUAGGAGGAGUUGUGUGGUUUUGUUGGAGGAGAUGACGAGAGUGAGGCCUUUGAUUGGAGAUGAAAUGAAGGCGGAGGCGGCGAAGCUUGCGGUGGAGUGGAAGGGGAAGGCUAGAAAUGAGGUGGCGAAUAGUCUCGAGCUUUGGGCUUUCUUGCAGCUUGUGAGUGGUUUUGGGUUGGUGAGGGAGUUUGAUAGGGAUGAGAUUUUCAACCUUGUUGGCAGUGUGGCGGUACGGAAACAGGCGCCGGAGUUGUUAAGGUCUCUUGGUUUCGUGGAUAGAACCUCUGAGUUUAUUCAAAAAUUGGUAUCACAGAAGAUGCGACUUGAGGCUAUUAAAUUCAUUCAUGCAUUUGAACAGCUUGACAAGUUCCCUCCUAUGCCCUUGCUUAAAGCACAUUUGAAGUUUGCCAAGAAGGAUGCAAAGAUUAGUUGCAAGAGGGAGCAAGAUCCUCGUAAAGCAGAGGAUGCUGUCAUAGAAAAAGAAGUAAUAGCUCUAAGAGCUAUAAUACGUUGCAUUGAAAGCUACAAGCUGGAAGUUGAACCACAGUAUACUCCGGAGAACCUCAGAAAGCAAAUCAGCCAGCUGAAAAAGCAGAAAAACGAGAAGCAAGUUGCUCAAGUAACUCGUGAGGCUCAGGGGCAACGCUUGAAUGGAAAGAAACGAACUGCCCCUGAAGUUAUGGCUCAACCCAAUAACAACAGUAAUAAGCAUCUGCGGGCCGAUUCAGCUGCUGUUCGAAAUGCUUCUUUCAGAGCACCAACGACAGGACACUCAAUACACCCAUCUUAUCUUCGCCCGGUAGACUUGUUUGAGAGUCGAGGUGCUGAGUACUUUACAGCAUCAGCUGGAAUGCCUCGACAAGGGGCAGAUGCUCCCCAUACUUCUUAUGUCACUGCUUCCACCUUUAACUCAUUGCGAGCUUCUCAUUAUCAGCCAACAGGUUCGUACAAAGGUGAAGGUGCAGAAUAUGCUUCUAGAUACUAUGAUUUAGCAUACUCCAUUCCUGAUUCUCACGGUGGCUUGUCAGCUGGGCGUUAUGGUCUGGUCAGUUCCUCUCCUAUUACCCAUACCCGGCAGACAACCUUGACAGGCGGAGCCUACGAAUUGACAGGAUCCUCUCCUAUUGCCCAAACGCGGCACGCUACACAGCACAUGAACACAACUACUUCCUAUGGAUUAGGGGGCAGUACUUCUGUAACCUCACAUUUGAGCCCAUUGACCAAGCGGUAUGGAGCUAGUACUAUGGCUGUAAAUGGGAGGACUGGGCAGUUUGGAUCAGCAGGAAGCCCUCCCCCUGCACGCCUAACCAAUGUGAGUCCGAAUUCUUAUGUUUCAGGUGAUCCACUGACACUGGUUAAUCACAAGGAUAGGCCAGUUUCUUCAAGUAGUGGCUAUGGCACACAUAGUAAUCAGUACCAGCCAUCCAUUUAUCACCUGUAGCUCAGUAAGAAGAGAAUUUG